AUGCCAUCGCGACUCCACCACACCGGGGCAAAACUAUCGGUGCCUCCGAGGAGUUCUACUCACGACGUCGAGGCGCAACAUGGGGGGCUCGACUCGGAGUUCUCGUCGCCCCGUAACAGCAUCAUCGUCACCGUGCCCGAGGCGCACGACACAGACGUCGCCGACCACCAGGGCCACCUCAACGACGACAUGGUCGGUUUGCUGGACUGUGUAGAUCCCGAGGUCGGAACCAUGAACCACUUGCAGAACAUCACAAACGGUAUCAUGGUGCCCAACAUUCCCAUGUUCUGGACUCGCAGGCCUAACAUUACGAUCCAGCAUGAGGCGUCAUACCAAGCCCUUCCUGAAUUGGCUGCAGAUGGUAGCCAAUCGCCUGCUUCACCCCACGCUGGCCGGGGACGCGCGUCGACCAUGACCUCGUGGAUCCCGUUGUACGGACGCAAGGCAUCUGCACAGCAGCAAGACCUCCUGCCCACCACCACUGUUUCCGUGCCCACGCCCGAGCGAGUGCGGCGGGGGAGCGCCGAGUCGGCGCCGGGCGAGAUGGAGCUGAACGAGAUGAUGGCGCUCAACAAGCUCGACGAAGAGCUGUCUGAGGAAGCCGACGAGGUCAGCAAAGAGCACGACCUGGACCGACACGUCAAGCACGUGCUUGAGCGCAAGCAAAAAGCCCGGCGUGCGCUACGUGGUCUGUGGGCAUACCUCAAGACCCCCAUGGGCGCGAUCACUGCGAUUUACGGCUUCCUCGUCGCGUUCUGGGGCGCGGCCAUUGUGCUCUUCCUUCUUGGUUGGAUCCCGACCAACUCGAAGAACACGCAGGAUAUCUGGGUCGAGAUCAGUUCGCAGGUGACCAACGGUCUCUUCACGGUCACUGGUGUGGGACUCAUCCCGUGGCGCGUAGUGGACACAUACCGCAUGAGUAUCAUCCACACACUCAAGAUGCGUAUCCGCCGCCGGAGGAAGCAGCGCGGUCUCCCGCCCAUCGAGGACGAGGACGACAUGCCCGACCCGCGCCUCGUCCCCGGUUACGAGCGCGUGCUCACCGACAAGGAGGAGAAGCAGCUCCAGUACCAACAGGAGAAGUUUGCCCAGAGCCAGACAUGGUACCGCCCGCACGCGACGGCCACGCACCGCGCGUUCCCCAUCACGCUGGCGCUGUGGAACACGAUUCUGAUGGACGGCAACUCGUUCUUCCAGUGUAUCCUCUGCGGCUGCAUGUGGGGCAUGAACCGCCACCAGCGUCCGGCGUGGACGACGGGAACCCUCAUCCCCUGCUCGUUCCUGUGCGGUAUCGCCGCCGCCGUGCUGAUCUGGCAGGGCGGCGUGCGGACCAAGAAGACCGUCGCCGUCGAGGCCAAGCUGCGCAAGGCGCUGGGCGUGGACGAAAAAGUGCCCGAGACAGUCAAGCGGCCGCGCCGCGCCACCGUGUCCGGUGCGCGUCCCGACAUCAACGCUGGCGCGGGUGCGGGUGCGGGUGCGACCGUGAGCCCGCGUAUCCGCCGGUCGACGGUGGGCGGCACGUCGCCUGCUCUGGACGUCAGUCCGCUCCCGACCGUCCCGGCGCACUUGCGCAAGGACCCCCAUCCCGAUUUCCUGCUUGCGGCGGUGGACGAGGAGGUCGAGGCCACGUCGCCGGCGCCGGCGCCAGCGCCAGUGCUGGCCGCCAAGCGCGGGAGUGUGUAA